AUACACCAUGGUGAACUUAUAAAGACUAUAUCCUGUUGAAGCUUAUUCCCCUCUUCAGAAUUAGGGGUCUCUACUGGUCCCAAGUAGCACUUCUCCACCAUGGCUUCCACUUCUACAAUGUUCUUACAUCUGUUGUUUCUGCUUCUUCUCUCGCAAACUGCUUUCUCUGGCGAAAUUGUAACCUCUUUACCAGGCUUCUCUGGCGAUUUGCCAUUCACACUUGAGACUGGGUAUACUACUGUGGGCGACAUUGAGUUCUUUUCUUACUUUGUUCAUUCAGAAAGUAACCCUGCUGCUGAUCCUCUUCUUCUCUACCUUAAUGGAGGUCCUGGUUGCUCUGGCUUGAAUGGGUUCUUUUACCAAAUUGGACCACUAAGAUUUGAUCUGAAUAACUACACUGGUGGACUACCAACUUUGCUAUCUGAACCAACUGCUUGGUCCAAGACUGUCAACAUUCUGUUCUUGGAUGCACCUGUUGGAACCGGUUUUACGUAUGCAACUACGACAGAAGCUUGGAAUUCAACAGACACACUGACUGCAGUGCAAAUAUACGAUUUUCUAAGAAAUUGGCUGACUGAUAAUCCAGACUUCCAAACAAAUCCAGUCUAUCUUGGUAGUGAUUCAUAUGCAGGACUCAUUGUUCCUAUGCUUUCUAUGAAUAUAAUUAAUGGCAAUACAGCAGGACUUGAGCCAUUUGUGAAUCUCAAAGGUUUUUCAAUCGGUUGCCCUCAUACUGAUACCAUCGUGGAAACGAAUGCAAAAAUACCAUUUGCUCAUAGAUUGGCACUUAUAUCAGAUUACAUGUAUGAGUCGGCUAAAACUAGCUGCAAUGGGACAUAUGCUAAUGUUGAUGCAACAAACACAGAAUGUGUAGAAGCUCUUGAUGAUAUAACUCAGUGCAUCGAGUUAAUCAGCCGCCAAAAUGUUUUGGAGCCAAAUUGUGCUUUCUUGUCACCUAAAGAAAAGGAGAAAGCAGUUCGAAGAUCACUAAGGGCAAUGAGAAGGAUCAAACCAUUGCCCAACUUGGGGGAUCUUUAUUGCCAUAACUUCCAAUAUCUGCUUUCUGAUAUAUGGACAAAUUAUAAAAGUGUACAAGAGGCUCUUCAUGUCCGACUGGGAAUGAUCCCAGAAUUUUACAGGUGCAAUAUUAGCAUAACUUACACAGUGGAUAUGAACACAGUGAUGCCUUAUCAUCAGAAUCUCACUGAAACAGGCUUGCAAGUUCUGGUUUUCAGUGGUGAUCAUGAUAUGGUCAUGCCUCACAAUGGUAUUGAACUGUGGAUAAAGUCUAUGGAUUUGACAAUUGAUACUGAUUGGCGACCAUGGUUUACUGAUGGUCAAGUUGCAGGGUACACAAGGAGAUAUACAAAUACUGGAUACAGUUUGACAUAUGCAACUGUUAAGGGAGCUGGUCACUCACCUCAGGAGUACAAACGCAAGGAAUGCUUUGACAUGUUUCAUAGAUGGAUUCGACAUUAUCCUAUCAAGAUGUUAAAGUCAAGUUCCGGCACCGGUCACCUGAAUCUUGCUUGUUUUUUGUUGUUUCUUGGACUAGUUUUCUGGGCAAAUGUUGCUUUCUCUGGCACCAUUGUUAAGUAUUUACCAGGAUAUGAUGGUGAACUUCCUUUUACACUUGAAACUGGGUACAUAUCUGUAGGGCCAGCAGAGAUGUUUUAUUAUUUCAUAGAAUCAGAAGGAAACCCCAAAGAGGAUCCUCUUUUGCUUUGGUACAGUGGUGGUCCUGGUUGCUCUGCUUUCAAUGGUCUAAUUUAUGAAAUAGGACCACUAGAGUUCAAUAUCUCAGAUUACGAAGGGGGAUUACCAUCAUUGGCUUAUUACCCAUAUUCAUGGACAAAGUCUGCAAGCAUAUUAUUCCUUGAUGCCCCAGUGGGUACUGGCUUUUCCUAUUCAAUAACUGAAGAUGGGUGGUCCAUGUCUGACACAUCAACAGGAUAUCAAGUUUAUCAGUUCCUCAAGAAGUGGUUGGCUGAACACCCACAAUACAUCAAGCUUCAAUUGUUUGUUGGGGCUGAUUCUUAUUCAGGCAUAUCUGCUACUUUAGCUAUUCAACAUAUUUUAGAUGGAAAUGGCUAUGGAGCAGAACCACACUUGAACCUUAAGGGUUACAUUCUUGGGUGCCCAAGAAUUGAUGGACAAAUUCAAGAGAAUUCGAAGGUUAUUUUUGCUCACAGACUGGCACUUAUAUCUGAUGAACUUUACAGGGCAGCUAAAAAUGCUUGUGAUUCAGAUUACUAUGGUGUAACCUCAGCUGAUUCAGGUUGCUAUGCAACUCUUGCAUUAAUAAAAAAGUGCUAUAAAGAUAUAAACAAGAAUGAUAUUCUAGAACCAAAAUGCACCUAUGCAUCUCCUAAUCCAAUCGAAGAAUCGGCUCGCAGAUCACUCAGGGGAACUACAGCAGCAGAUUUAAUCAUGCCACCUAGUAGAACUGCUGAGAAAUGGUGUCAUAACUUUAAUUAUUCUCUAGCCUAUGUGUGGGCAAAUGAUGCAAAUGUGCAAGCUGCUCUUAAUGUCACUGCAAAAACAGUGCGAGAUUGGAAGAGAUGCAACAAAUCCUUAGAUUAUGAUUAUGACAUUACCAGUGUUAUUGAUUAUCAUAAAAAUUUCAGUACCAAGGGAUUACAGGCUCUCGUGUAUAAUGGUGAUCAUGAUUUCACAAUUCCGAAUGUGGGCACUCAGCAAUGGAUAAAGGAACUAGACUUGACUAUUGUUAAUGAUUGGCGACCAUGGCUUGUGGAUGGUCAAGUUGCAGGGUACACAAUCAAGUACUCAGAGAAUGGGUAUCGCUUAACAUAUGCCACUGUGAAGGGAGCAGGGCACUCACCCCAAGAGUACAAGCGCAGAGAAUGUUAUGACAUGUUUGAUAGGUUUAUUCAUUAUUGGCCUCUCUAGAUGAGGAUUUCUUUAGUUUCAAUUUCUUGGAUGCCUUCUCCCUCUAUUGGAAAAAGUCCAAUUAUUUCUGAUUUUCCCACCUUUGAAUUUGUAAUUUUGUAAUGCAUAAAUUAUGUAAUUGAGAUGCUAAAAGCUUUUGAUUCUAGUAAGUUUACCAGAAUAGAUUUUCUCUUUAACAUA